AUGAAACAACCAAGUGGCAACGGCCGGAUGUUGGGUAAUAAGCAUAUUGGCUUCGAAGAAGGUUUUCUAGAACAAGUUCUAUUAAUAUUCAAAUAUAAUCGCACCGGUGACUAUCAUGACGACAUGACUGCUGAUGUUUUUGAAGAAUAUUCCGAACAAAUGGUAAAAUUUAUUCCGUCAGGAUUAGUUAUAAUAAUGGACAACGGCAGUUACCACUCCAGAAGAAUAGAGAAAAUAUCUACAUCUUCGACGAAAGAUGAUAUUAUCAAGUGGUUGUUUAAUAAACGUAUAGGAAUUCAAGAUAACAUGGUGAAGAAAGAACUACCGGCUAAACUCAAAUCCAUCAUUGGACCUGAAACUCUUCCCAGAAAGAAAUUUAUCUCUGCGAAUAGAGGAAAGUCUCAGGGUGCCAACUUAAAAGAAGGCGUUUCCAAGAGCUUAUUUUCCCAUAGCUUCCAACGCACAGUUAUGACUAAAGGGCAGGUGCUUAACAAGUGUAAAAAUUGGUCAGACAGAUUGAAUGAAUCAGAAAGAAGAGUUGAAGAAACCCUAAUUUGUGAGUUGAAAGAACGUUUGGAGAAGAGAAACCAUAUCGAAUACGCGGGCCAACAAGAUACGAUGACCCUGAUCCCAACCUUGAUGGUUUCAAAGUCUCCUGUAAGCAUGGCAGAAAUAAAAAACUUUCAUAAACGCAUACAAAAUAUUUCUAGGCAAAUGAAAGCUGGAUCGGGUAUUUCUGAAAAUCGUGGUGGUGACAGACGUUCGCAGAAAAAUGUGGAAAAGCGCAAAAAAGUGAAAGCAUUCAUCGCAAAUUUAAAGGGGCAAGAGAGUCACUACGGAAGAGCGAAAUCUAAAAGGAUAUAUUUAUCUGCAGAGUACAAUAUCACCAUACUACAUAGGCUAUACAAUGAUAGCGUUGAAGAAAGCUAUAAACUAUCCACAGAAAGAUGGCGUGAGGAUGAGGAAUUGCAAUGGCUUCGUCCUAUUUUUCCAGAGCCCCUUGAAGAGCUACAAGAGAAUAGUGAUGAAGACAAUGAUGAAGAUAAUGCCCAAGAAGUAUGUAACUGCAUCGAGGAUGAUGGUGGAGUGAAAGUUUGA